AUGCAGCGGAUGAUGAGUGUGCAGGUCAUUGUACGCGACCAGACAGAUGCCAUCGCCACUGGACUCGUAGCGAAACUCAUCGAGUCGUUUCUAGACCGCUCUACGCUGUGGACGGUCCAAAAGGCGGCAUGUCGCGGGUACCUUUCGCUGCUACAUCGACUUGGUGAACGAAACGCACCGAUCACAGCUCACGGUGUGGACUGGUCCAUGCAAAUUGCAGCAACAGAGGGGCACUUGGACGUCGUGAAGUGGCUCACAGCUUAUCGUCCCGAAAUGACAAUCUCGACUCGAGCGAUGGACGCUGCAGCGUUGCAGGGACAUUUGGACAUGGUCCAGUGGCUCCAUACCAACCGAAGCGAGGGGUGCACGACUGCGGCAAUGGACAGCGCUGCCGCAGGUGGUCACCUACAUGUCGUCCGAUGGCUGCACGCGAAUCGCACCGAAGGAUGUACGCGAGGAGCAAUAGACACUGCUGCAGCCGGAGGUCAUUUGGCCACGGUUCAGUGGCUCUGGGCCCAUCGGUCCGAAGGCUGCACGACUGUUGCGAUCGACUUUGCAAUCUACAACGGCCAUUUUCCUGUUGUCAAAUGGUUCAGCGAGCUAGCGACUUACCAGCCAAGAAGUGCCCGUCCUCAUACGGCAGGAGGACCUACUCCAUACAGCAAUCCAUGCAUCAAGAAAGACCUUGGCGGCCGAGCUACGCUUGUCUUUGAGUGA